AGGACUAGGAGGAGGACAUGCUGGUGGUAUUCCUGGUGAACUGAGAGGAGGACAUGGCAUUGGCGAAGCACUAGGAGGAGGACAUAUUGGUGGAAUGGGAGAAGGACACGGUCUUGGCAUGGACGGAGGAAUGAUGAGUGGUAUCGGGAGAGGAAUGGACGGCAUGGGAGGAAUGAUGUUCAUGCCAAAGCCUUAUGGUUUCGGAUAUCAAACAACAGAUAUCAUGGGCAACAGGCAACAUCGCACCGAGCAGGGUGACAGAAGAGGCAUCGUAAGAGGAUCCUACGGCUACACUGAUAACCAAGGCUUGUACAGGAGCGUCGACUACGUUGCCGGACCUCAAGGAUUCAAUGCUCAAGUCAGAACCAACGAACCAGGUACAAUGGACAACAAGGCCGAAAGUCCAGCUGGCAUUGCACUCAGAGCACAGAGACCUCCCAUGAAUGUCCUGAGGAAAUACAGUGGAGGCAUGCUUGGUGGAAUGGGAGGAAUGCUAGGAGGAUUGGGAAUGGAAGUUGGAAUUGGAGGCGGAAUGGGAUUGGGAAGUGGAAUUGGAGGUGUAGGUGGUGUAUUGGGGGGUGAACAUGGUGGUAUUGGCAGCGGAAUGGGAGGUGUACAUAAUGGCAUGGUCGGCGGGAUGGGAGGUAUGCAUGGUGGUAUGGAUGGUGGAUUAGGAGGUAUGCACGCUGGCAUGAGUGGAAUGGGAGGUAUGCACGCUGGCAUGAGUGGAAUGGGAGGUGUGCAUGGUGGUUUGGGUAGGAGAAUGGGAGGUAUGCAUGUUGGUUUGGGCGGUGAAAUGGGAGGUGUGCAUAAUGGUAUGGUUGGUAAAUUGGGAGGUAUGCAUGGCGGCAUGAGGGGAUUGGGAGAAAUUCAUAAUGGUAUGGGUAGUGAAAUGGGUGGUAUGCAUGGUGGCAUGAGUGGAAUGGGAGGUGUGCAUGAUGGUAUGGGAAGUGGAAUGGGAGGCAUGCAUGAUGGUAUGAGUGGUGAAAUGGGAGGUAUCCAUAGUGGCAUGGGGGGAAUGGGUAGCAUGGGCGGAAAAGGCAUGCAUUAA